UUUGCUCUGAGAAGAUUUUGAUGAGUUUAUAUUUGAGAUCUCUGACUUUUGAUUGCAUACGUUUGAUAUCUCGACAAAUCUCCAGUCUGAGACCUUGUUGAGACGCAUGUGAGAUGUCUGGCUCUUCAUCUCAGAACAGCUGAACUCUCUCUGCCGUUAUUACACAUGUCUCAUUUGUGAUGUUUGUUUCCCGUGGGUGCAGAUCUCUGAGCUUUAAUCUUCGCUCCGGGCCUGUUCUGUCUGAUCCUGGCCUGUUUCCAGGAAAAUUCAUGCCAUGGAUUCUCAGCUGUGAAUCAAAAUCUUGCUUUACUUUGCUUUUAAUCACAUGCACUGUGUUUCAGAGUCUGAAGACUGCAGGAGAAAUGGCUGGAUUCUGCUGUCUGAGUCUGAUUCUAGCAUUAGCAGCGCUCACAGUGUGUAGAGCCCAGCGCAGACCCUUUUCCAGUGCUUUACAGGACAAAUCAGGGGAUUUGUGUCUGAACGGUGGGAAGUCUGUCCCGUCUCUGUCAGGACUUCACCUGUUCUGUAAAUGUCCUGAAGGCUUCAGCGGGUCCAGCUGUGAAACAGAUGAAUCCGUCUCCUGCUUUGACCGGUCCGGUCGGAACUACAGAGGUCCCGUGUCUAAAUCAGAGAGUGGACGGGAAUGUCUGCAAUGGGAUUUAAAGAGAGUGCGUGACAUCGAAGGAUAUCCCAAGAAUCUUGGGCCGGGCCGACACAAACACUGCAGAAACCCAGACUACAGCCGCAGACCGUGGUGUUACGUCCAGACGCCGUCUGGGAUCAUGAGAGAGGACUGUGAUAUUCCACGCUGUGCAAGAGAUCACAGUUCUGAUCUGACUACUGACAGUCCGGCAGGUGCACAGUCAGGCUGGCAGUGUGGCCAGAGGGAGGAGCGGAGCAUGAAGGUUGUGGGCGGGGCUUUGAGCACGGUGGAGCUCCACCCCUGGAUGGCGGCGGUGUUCAGCUGGAGGUCACGGGGAAGAGCGUUCACCUGCGGCGGGAGUCUCAUCUCGCCCUGCUGGGUCCUCACGGCCGCGCACUGCUUCCCCGACGGCACUCAGACUAAAAAACUCUCAGUAGUCCUGGGAAAGAACGCCAUAAAUGAGACGGACAUUCAGAGAGAGCAGGAGUUCAGCGUCUCUGAGCUCAUCAUCCAUGAACACUUCGACAACACAGACGGCAACUUCAAAAACGACAUCGCGUUGUUGAAGAUUCACAGUCCUGACGGUCGCUGUGCAAAAGAGUCCAGUUCAGUGAAGACGGUUUGCAUCCCUGGACCGCAUCAGACACUCAGUCACGGGACGUCCUGUGAGGUCACUGGAUACGGCAAAGAGCAAGAAGGGUCGUGGUAUUACUCUCAGUAUCUCAGAGAAGCAAAGGUCAAAGUGGUGUCACAGGAUUUGUGCUCGAGCAAAGCAUACUAUGGCAACAUGAUCACAGACAACAUGCUGUGUGCCGCGAGUCCUGACUGGAGCACGGACGCGUGUAAGGGUGACUCCGGCGGGCCGCUGGUGUGUCACGUCCAUGACCGUGCGUUCCUGUUCGGUGUGGUGAGCUGGGGAGAGGGAUGUUCCAGAGAGUUUCGUCCUGGUGUUUAUGCCAAAGUGAGCAACUACCAUCACUGGAUCCUGGAGAAAACCGGCCUGUCGUCACUCACAGCUCACCUGAGAACAUGAGCUCAGCUCGUUCACUUCACACUCCAGAGACUGAUGUACAGAGCACACUGCAAACCAAUGAUUUGUGUUCAGUAACUCAUAAAUCUGUCAUUCUAACAUUCCAUUCUAUUGCCAGUAUAUGACAGCAGAUCUAAGAAUGUUUAUAAACGUUCUAUUUUGCGUAGUUCUUCAAAUGUACAGUGGCAUUUGUACAGUGUUUUCAUUUCUGUUGUUGUGUAAUUUUAUAUUAUUGUGUAACUAUUUAUAUUUGGCCAAGCCAAUUAUUAGACAAUAAACAAGUACUAUUGUAUUUGUAUUAUAUUUAUAUACCAUAUGGUUAAUAUGAUUGUUUUAAACACUGGAUUUUUUGAAGGGGCAUGUGAAAGAGAAUUGUACUUGCCAGCCAGACAAGCAACCUGAUUAAAACUUUAAUAACAAAUAAAUAAAUAACUUGGGAAUCACCAAAA